AACGGAGGACUCCACUUAGUUUGAACUUCACGCGAUUUCACUCCAACAGAACGAUUAACGAUAAAACGAUUAACUAUUUUAUUUUAUUUUAUUUCAAGCCAGCAUGACUCCACUGCUGAAAGGCUGCCUUUUCAUUCUCCUCGCGUCCUUUAUAACGCUUGCUUUUGUGAGCGUAGAAGGACACGGGUUCAACAGACAGAAGAGAGAGUGGAUCGUCGCUCCCAGAAGGCUGAAGGAGAACCAUGAUUACACUGGACUUGAGAGCAUUGCCAGGAUCCGCUCUGAUAAGGAGAACUUUACAGAAAUAAGGUAUUAUCUCACUGGACCUGGUGUUGACCAGCCCCCUGAAGGUGUCUUUCAGGUUGACCGUAAGACUGGUUAUGUAAAAAUCUUUUCCAUCCUGGACCGAGAACAGAUCCCUUUCUAUUACUUAAAAGGCAUGGCAAAAUAUAUGGACGGGACUGUAGCUGAAAAGGAUAUUGACCUCAAAAUUACGGUUGUGGAUGAGAAUGACUGCCCACCAAUCAUUGCAGCACAGCAAGUUGGAUCUGUUAACGAAUCAAGUGCAGCAGGUACUGUUGUGAUGAAAGUGAUAGUUACUGAUGCUGAUGAAGAGAACACAAUAAACUCUAGGAUCAGCUACAGUAUCGUGGGGCAGAGUAACACGGCCGGGAUGUUCUUCAUGAACUCUCGGACUGGCGAGGUCAUGGUUCGACAGAACACUCUCGACAGGGAGAGUCAAGAUUCAUAUAGGUUGACCAUAAGUGCCUCAGACCUGAAUGGCCUACCAGGAGGAAACACAGGAACAGGAGAAAUCGAGAUCAGAAUUCUAGACAUAAACGACAACCGCCCGGAACUGGAAAAAAAAUCAUAUGAAGGAAGUGUGGAGGAGAACACAAUCAAUGUUGAAGUGAUGAGGAUCAAAGCUCUGGACAUGGAUCUGAUUUACUCUGAAAACUGGCUGGCUGUCUUUGAAAUCAUCUCAGGGAAUGAAGGCGGCUACUUCAGCAUCUCUACGGAUUCUAAGACCAAUGAGGGAAUUAUCAUGAUCAACAAGGCUUUGGACUACGAGGAAAUAAAGACACUCGACUUGAGGGUGGCGGUUUCCAACAAAGCAGCAUAUAAUUUUGGCAGCAGCUCCGUAUCAGGAGGGUCAAUGACCUCUAACAACUACCCUAUUAAAAUAAAUGUGGUCAAUCAGAAGGAAGGCCCCCGUUUCCAACCGAGUGUCAAAGUGGUGACAAUUUCAGAGGACCACACAUCUGUGUCCCUCAACCAAGUCAUCACCACAUAUGCUGCUAUUGACAGCGACACACUACUAACAGCCACCAACGUAAGAUAUGCCAAGAUCCGCGAUGAUGACAACUGGUUGAGUAUUGAUUCAAAGACCGCAGAUAUCAGGCUGAACAAACUGCCAGACAGAGAGUCAAAGUUCUUGAUCAAUGGAACAUAUUAUGCAAAAAUUAUAUGCAUCACUACAGACAGCCCCUCAAAGACAGCCACUGGGACAAUAGCCAUCCAGGUGGAGGAUUUUAAUGAUCACUGUCCCACACUGACCACUACAACUCACACCAUGUGCCUCGAGGAUAAUGUCAUCUACGUCUCAGCCGUAGAUGAAGAUGAGUUCCCCAAUUCAGCGCCGUUUGAUUUUACUGUGAUUCAUGAGAGCAGCAAGGGGAAAUGGAAUGUUGAGCCUCUUAAUGAAACUGCAGCCAUUCUACGAGACAAAGCCAACUUGUGGCCAGGAACUUACAAAGUUGCAGUGGAGGUCAAGGACAAUCAGGGAAAGUCAUGCGCUGAUGUUCAAGUCAUGGACGUCACUGUGUGUACUUGCACUGAAAACAUUCAAUCGUGUGCAGCACGCACAACAAAGACUUCUGGUUUUGGAGCAUCAGGUGUACUGCUUCUGCUCCUUGGACUGCUGCUCCUACUGUUGGUGCCCCUUUUGCUGCUGUUCUGCCUGUGUGGAGGAGCAGCUGUAGGAGAUUUCAAGCCGAUUCCAUUUGAUACAAAGCAACAGCUGAUCUCAUAUCACACUGAGGGACAGGGAGAAGACAAGGAAGUUCCUCUUCUCACUGCCCCCGUGGAGGUUGAUGGUGGCACAAUAAAUGUCAAGAACAUCAACACUUUCAAGGGAAAGGGGUACCUGGGAGGACUCAUUGAACUGGGAGGCGCAGCAGGUGGAGGAGCAGCCUUAGGUGGAGGUGCAGCCUUAGGUGGCUCCAUCCUGACAACUGAGAACAUGCAUACGUACAACCGAUACGACCAGUCCAGUGGGCAAAUAGAGAUGGACGUUAUGGGUGGUGGGAUGAUGACUGGACAAGAACAUCUUUACUCCAGAUACAGUGCCUAUGAUGGGAUGGCUCUUUCUGAAGGGUUCCUCGGGGAGUAUUAUGCUAGUAAAUCAAACCAUGCUGCAAACCAGUCCCAUGAGAAGGAUGCUCUGCUGAUCUAUGACUACGAGGGUCGGGAGUCCCUGGCAGGUUCUGUAGGUUGCUGCAGCCUACUCGAAAAUGACAAUGACCUUGCUUUCCUUGAUGAUCUUGGGCCUAAAUUUAAAACCCUGGCUGAGAUUUGCAAGCGUUCAACGUUGGUGACAGAGUCUGUUGAUGCAGGGGUUUUUGUCUCUCCUCCCAGACCAGUGUCUCCUGUCAGGCCCUCCACCCACACCCACACUCACACAGAAACAUUCAGGGAUAGGGACCAUGUCAACGUCAACACCCUUAACACCUCCAAUGUAGCAUCCGGGUCUUCCACCUUCAUCCGGGAGGAGCGAAUCACUGAGAAUUCAGCCACAGCUCCCAGGGUCCAUGUCCAGGACAAGUAUGUGAUUCCCAGUCAGACGAUGCUCAUACAGCAGCCAACCAUGUACUACGCUGCUACGCCCAUGUAUGUUGUCGAACAGAAGCCGCAAAUGGUGCUGGUGUCAGGCACCCAGCAGGCAUUGGGUCAAGUGGGCUCAGUUGGGCUUGGUCAGGGUCUGAUGCAGGUUGGUGGUAUCCAAAGUUCUCAGGGUGUGGUCCUUGUAGACAGGCAAGUAGGAAUGGGAGGAGCCACAGGGCAUGUAGCACAAGGCCAUACACAAGGAACAACAUCCAGGUCCAGAAAGGUACUGGUGGUAGAGAGCGGGUCUUCAGGUGGUGAGCAAGCUGCACACUUGCAGGUUGGUGGUAUCCAAAGUUCUCAGGGUGUGGUCCUUGUAGACAGGCAAGUAGGAAUGGGAGGAGCCACAGGGCAUGUAGCACAAGGCCAUACACAAGGAACAACAUCCAGGUCCAGAAAGGUACUGGUGGUAGAGAGCGGGUCUUCAGGUGGUGAGCAAGCUGCACACUUAGCGCAGGGCUAUAUUCAGACAGGAAAUGGAUCUGCAGAGCACGGUAUGGAGCUCAGAGGUCAAGGUAUGCAGGUUCAAAGUCAGACUUUUUCAUUGGGUUCUCUUGGUUCUAGUGGGUCUCAUGAAGACGUCCUUAUGGCAGCAACACCAAAGGUUCAGGGGAGCCAGAGAGUGGUUGUGCAACGUAAGAAGGUAUCAGUGACUGAGAGGAAUGUUGAAUCAAGUACAAGUGCGUAGUGCAACAUGUGAUGAGCACAGAAACGUUGUUUUCUAGUGAUAAAGCAUAUAGUAUAAAGUAUAAAAAAGUACACUACAGAGUUUCAAAACCAACAUGUUGAUAAAGAUGGAAGGACUGUGAUAUACAGGGGGAGAAAAUGGUUAAAGAGAGUCUCGUCUGAAAAAGUGCAAUGCAACACAUAUUGUCUAGUGACUGCUUAUAGAGGUUAACACAUUGAAAGUUUACAGUACUAGUGAAACUUUUUAAAUUGGGACAAAGCAACAGAUUUUUAGAGGCAGACUUCUGGAGUUACACCCCAGCAGAAGGAAAAAAGAAUGAUCCUUCUGUGGUUCAAAAAUGAUCAGUUAGGUACCAAAUGUCAGUCCUUAAAGCAUUGUAAUUAUUUCAGGUACAUAAUAAGGAUGGAUCAAGGAUGGGAAAAGCCAAAGUAAACAUAUACGCAAUCAGUCCUUCCUACAGUGUUUAUCUGCCCAUCAACAGAAAUAACAAACCUCUGACUACAUUUCAAGAUAAGAAGUAAGCUAGAUGAUUUACCAGGCUGGGAGAAAAAAGAGAGACUGUUCUGAUUGUAACGGAUAAGUACUAUUAUUAAACUCCUAAAAUGAUUCUCUUACUCUGUUAAAACCCUGUUUACUGCUCUUCUUGUCCCUAAUCCCAGUUUCUUCCCUUAAGUCCUGUUAAAAUACAUGUGUACUCUAUUUACACUGAGGGUCCUUGAUCUUGAAAUGCCCACAAUUGUUUUGCAAGUGAUUGAAGCAAAGCUAGAACAACGAUCUGUAGUCUACAUUUUUCCAUGUUGGUGUUGAAUACUAGUAUAAGUGCUUUGUGAUGUGGGGGUUUUUUUUUGUAUUAAGUUGUGAUUCUAAGACGCUUGGGUUGCUUUGUUUAAUAUUUUAGCUCUAGCUAAGCUGCCCUGCGGACUCUUAGAUUGUUGAAACAAGUUAAACUGUAACUAAUUAGAAGCUGUUUUAUGGGUGGCCCCUGCUUCCUUGGAAACUGCUUGGAACGGAGAUAAAUGCUGUUUGUACUGUAAAACCAAUGAAAGGGCCCCUGUGCGGAAGAACCAAAGCCAAAGCCUUAGAAAGAUUUAGAGCUCUGAGAAAGGAUUUAACUUGUUUUUAUCAGUAGACAAUAUAGUCAAUACACACCGUUAACCAAAUAAGAGCUUCAAGAUAGAGAACAAGAUUCUUUGCUAUAUUUUUGCACUCCUUUUAUUGUUUCUACUCUAUAUUUGUUGGUUUGUAAUUACUCAUUUUAAAUAAUCCAAGAGUUAAAUCCAAGUGCUAACAAAAAAAUGAAAAUGCCAAAGAUGUAAAUAUAGAAUGAUGCCCUUUUUAUACCAAUGUAAAUAGAGUUUUAAUUACCAGAUAAACUGCAGAUACCUUGCUUUCCUUGUGUGUUUUCUUAAUGCUGGUAACACAUAAUGAUAAUUUGAGUAGGUUGAUACUGAUGUUCUUGUCAUACAUGUGUUUUUUUCUCAGUAUGAACUGAUAGAAUAUAUUGCUUAAGGGCAGAAGGGUUGUGCACUAAAAUAUCAGUAUUUGCCAUGGUAAUGACAAUGAUUUUUUGGUUUUGUUUUGCACCUGCUGAUAUAAUAAAAUCAAACAUGAAAACAC